AUGAGCCCCAGGAUCCUCAGCAAUUCGCAAAUUAGAGACUUUCUAUUGAAAGCGUCGCGCCAGCAAUGGAUCAAUUACAUUGGUCAACUGCACUGUGCGUUAAAAAGGUACUCAAAUAACCCAAGUAUCGUACCUCCUAGGACUGUAGAACCUACUCCAGAUGGCAGCUGCAUCCACUUUGUUAUGCCGGUGUUAGACGAUGUCUACUGUGGUGUAAAGACCAUGGGGUACAAUGCCACAGCGGGUACUGGGUUUGACGGCUCAGUGAUAGUCACAGACCCGAAAUCUGGAAUUUUGAAAGGCGUGGCAGAGGUCAAAGUGGUAACCGGCGUAAGAACGGCUAUGUCCAGCUGUAUCGGUCUUCUGCGUCAAUUGCCUCUGUUUGGACAAUCCGUGAAAGUCACCGUCUUCGGAACCGGUCUGCAAGCGUUCUGGCACGCGUACAUUUGCUCCAAGCUUCUAGAGGGCAAAAAAGUCACCAUCAAUUUUGCGUAUAGGUCGAAGCCAAUGGACACGUCUCUGCUGCAAAAGUACGCAGCAGGUGUAGACCUACUUCAAGUCCCACUCAGCGACCAUGCUGGCAUCUCCAAGCUGGUGUCGCAAAGCGACAUUAUUUUCGGGUGCAUUCCCUCAACCUCGCCUGCUAUCUUGAAGAAAGAUCUCGACACGCCAUCAACGCCCAAUUACACGUACAUCUCGUUGAUUGGCAGCUACAAAAGCCACAUGCACGAGUGUGACACUGCCCUGAUCGACGAGUUCAAGGGCCAGAAUGCCAAAAUCCUCGUAGAUUCUAUUGAACACACGCUAGCAGAGUCCGGUGAGUUGAUAGAUGCCCACACAGAGCCACAUCACCUAUUGGAGCUGGGCCAACUGGACGAUUCGACGCCAAUGCCUGCUACCCAGAUUAAUGAACACAAGAAGGUCACACUUUGCAAGAUAGUCGGACUGGCCGUGAUGGACGUGAGCACUGCCCAAACGUUGCUCGACGUGGUGGAAUAG